CGAAAGACAGAAGACGACGAAGAAGAAGACAGAAGAAGACAGAAGAAGAAGAAGAAGAAGAAGAAGAAGAAGAAGAAGGGAGACAAGACGGCGAAGACGGAAGAAGACGACAAAGAAGACGACGAAGACGAGAAGACGAAGAGACGACAGAAGACAGAAGAGAGACCAACGACGAAGAAGACAGAAGACAGCGUAGAAGGAAAGUGA